GUCUAUGAGUUGCGGGUGGGAGAUCAACAUUGGGAUCCUGUGGUGAUAUAAGAGGAACAUGAGUCCAGCAACUGCAGUCAGUCAGUCAGACAGUCAGUCAGUCAAUCAGAGUCAUUCGGUUAUUCAGUGUUCGGUAAAAUUGUGUCCGCGCCCGUUCACACGAUGAGUCGAAUGGUCGCAUUAUUACUAUUGGCAGCUGUAACUGUCGUUACAGCCGAGGAGAUGGUGGCGGUCGUUCGCCUAACUCCGCACGACGUUAAGGGAAAGAACGUCACGGGUAACUUGAAGAUCGUUCAGUCCGUCCCGAAUGGGCCCGUCACCAUUACGGGCUCGAUCCAUGGACUUACCGAGGGGCUUCAUGGUUUUCACGUACACGAGAAGGGAGAUCUGAGCAACGGUUGCGCAUCCACCGGAGCGCACUUCAAUCCUGAGAAUGUGACUCACGGCGGACCGGAUGACACUGUGAGACAUGUCGGCGAUUUGGGAAAUGUCCAAGCCAAUUCUGAGGGAGAAGCGAUGAUAAAUAUCACUGAUAACAUCAUUUCGCUGAGCGGACCGAACAAUAUCCUAGGACGAGCCAUAGUCGUUCAUUCUGCCGAGGACGAUCUUGGCAAGGGUAACCACACUCUCUCCUCGACAACUGGAAAUGCCGGGGACCGUUGGGCCUGUGGUGUCAUCGGUGUCCAAAAGAUCUGAAAUACUUCGAAGGGAAAUGUCAGCGGUCAAUGGGACGAGAGAGAAGGAUCGAUAUUCAUCACCCCGUAGAUUUGAUUAGAAAUACGUCCCGAUUAGAAUUGAAUCGAUAUUGUUGAAACGUUGCUCACUUAUAAGACGCUUCUUCUAUAAAAUACUACGUCUUAUGUAUGUCCUAUGUCUUUUGUAAGAAGAACCUCGUCGUAUCUUGUCUAAUAAAUUGAAUCGUAGAAUUAGUAUAGGAGCAACGUUUUAUGCGAUAGAAAUCUAAUGUAAUUCUCUCCAUUGACUGUGUUAUUCUACGACGUCUGUCCGCCUUUUAUAUGUAAACUUGAUGAUACUUUAACACACAGUGUAUGUUGUUUUGUCCCUCUAUGUUUAUUCCCCGGUGCAUCUCUCCCUCUCUGUUUCACAUCUGUGUUUCUCCUGUAUCUAUCUGAUAACUUUUCUGUGGUGAUGAUGAUGUCGUAAAAAAGUAUUACAACAUUUUAAAAAAGAAAAAGGAUAUGCGUUGUAAUGUCAGAAUACUACCUCUAUAACUUAUUUCAUGGUCACGCACGUUUAGAUCCAAACGAUACGCGCAUUAUAUAUGUGCGAAUUAAGAGAGAAGCCGGUUAAUUUGCUUUUUUUGUUCGGAUUAUAUUUUAACGCUAAUAAAGUAGUGUAGUAAUAACACUUUGUUAAUUUACGAGCUUCCUCAAUGAGAUAAUAUACAAAUAAAGUUUAAGGUUGAUAUAUGCCCGCUAUUAUUUCUCUAACAAUUAUUCAAAAAUAACGUCAAAAAGUUAUAUCACAUCAUAUUAAUUGCAAAAGUUGUUAAUGUGUUAUCGAUGUGAUAAGAACCGUUAUACUAAAAGAGAAUAUAUUUUUCAAGAUAUAUAAUAAAUCGAAAAAUAUUUUAACAAGCUUCCUCGCACAUCACACUGUUUACAUUGAGAGAGAAACACAUGUGUCUUAUUUGUAUCAAUAAUAUUUGUUCCGCAUUUCAUACAUUUAUCUUCUUACAUAUUAUUCACCAUGUAUUCGUUAUUCGAGCAAUACCAAAUAUACACAUUAUUGUUUUCCAGAA